UGUGAUCUGAAUCAAGGAAAUCAGGAAACUUACAGAAGGAAAAUAUCAAUGAGACUUCACAGCUAAUAAUGAAAACUGGACUAAAAUCAUUAACAAACAGAUCUUUAUCACAAUUGCAAUUAAUAGAUGAAGGACAAUACGCAUUUUAGUUAACAAAGUACUUUUGAUCCCUAAAUUAUUUUGUUAAAAAAGGUUAUGAAAAUUUAGGCCAUCGAAGAAAAGGUCUCAAUUUCUGAAUUUUGUCCGCCACCUAAACUUCAUGUAAGUGAUAGGAAAAAAAUAAUGCCUAUUAGUUAUUCUAGAAAGAAGCCAAGCAGAAGAAUGCACCAGAUAAAAGUGUGUCCAGUUUCACAUACAUACACUGAGCUUAAAAAAAAAGGCAAUAUAGCCAUCUCAUUGUAAGCUAUGAUCACACACACUGGCCAUUUAGAUUGAAGCUGGUGUAAGCUACAGAAAAAAAUAAUCAAUCCACAAUUCUAGAGGCUGACUCAUUGAAACUGAAAUCUUCCACUAGCUUUAGGACGAUAAUACAAAGCAGAUGAGCAAUGAUUGAAACUAUAGGCUGACUCACUGAAACUGAAAGCAUAUCAACAGAACAACAGAAUAGGCCAAAAGUGUCAACGAACUUCAUAAUAAACUAAUGGAUAAAUUAAGGUAAUGUAUAACCUGGAAAACAAAGAGACAACACCUACAGUAAUGCCUCCUCAACCAUUGCCCCGUGCUCCUUCUAUAUAUGACUUGGUUGAGAAAUUAACAUCUGAAACUGCAAAACAGAAAAAUAAAGAGAAAAAAUGAGCAAGCCACAUAUUAUAGCUAUUCCUUUCCCGGCACAAGGCCAUGUAAUGCCCUUAAUGGAGUUCUCGCAGUGCUUAGCACGUCAUGGCUUCAAAGUCACAUUUGUGAACACAGAACAUAUUCACAAGCAAAUUGUGAAUGCAAUAUCCGAUGAAAGUUAUAUAAGGCAUGAUCAUGUUCAUCUGGUUUCAAUUCCAGAUGGGUUAGAAUCCCAAGAGGAAAGGAAUGGGCCACGGCUGCUAUCCGAAGCAAUACAAGCAGUCAUGCACCAGAAUUUGGAGGAUCUCAUAGAGAAGCUCAACAAAGAGGAAGGUGCAAAAAUCACUUGUCUCAUAGCUGAUGAGAGUUGUGGGUGGGCUCUGGAAGUGGCACAAAAAUUGAAGAUUGCGAGGGUGGUUGCCUUUUGGCCUGCAGCAGCUGCAACUUUGGUAUUGAACUUUUGUAUCCCAAAAUUAAUUCAUGAAGGAAUCAUUGAAUAUGAUGGAACUGUAUUGAAAAGCCAGAUGGUUCAGUUGGCACCAAAAAUGCCCAUGAUUAAAUCUACAAACUUUGUGUGGGCGUGUACAGGAAAUUCAAGCACUCAGAAAAUCCUAUUCCAAUUUAUGGAAAGAACCACCAAGAAUGCAAAAUUGGUAGACUGGCUUGUUUGCAACUCAACAUACGAAAUGGAGCCAACAGCAUUCGCUUUGGAACCACAGAUAUUACCAAUAGGCCCGCUUUUAGCUAGCAGCCGCCUUGGCAACUCAGCAGGCAGCUUGUGGCCAACAGACUCAACUUGCUUAAAUUGGUUGGAUAAAAAACCACCUUGCUCAGUGAUCUAUGUUGCAUUUGGUAGCACAACAGUUUUCAAUCAAACCCAAUUCCAAGAACUGGCUUUAGCGCUUGAGUUGUCUAAUAGGCCAUUCCUCUGGGUUGUGAGACCAGAUACCAGUGAUAACAUUCCCUACCCUGAAGGAUAUCAUGACAGAGUAGGAUCUAAUGGACUAAUGGUGAGCUGGGCCCCACAACAGAACGUUCUGGCCCAUCCUUCAAUUGCUUGCUUCCUAAGUCAUUGUGGGUGGAACUCUACCAUGGAAGGUGUCAGCAAUGGGGUUCCUUUCUUGUGCUGGCCAUACUUUGCUGACCAGUUCAUCAAUGAGAGCUACAUUUGCGAUGUUUGGGAGGUCGGAUUGGGGUUUGAUAAGAAUGAAAGUGGGAUCAUUACUCAAGGAGAAAUCAAGAACAAAAUCGAGCACUUGCUUGGUGAUAAAGACUUCAAAGCAAGGGCUUCCAAACUCAAGGAAAUGGCCAUGACAACUGUCAAAGAAGGAGGCCAAUCUAACAAGAUAUUGAAGAAUUUAAUUGAAUGGAUCAAGUCAUAGACUGCUGGCAAAGGGAAGAAAC